AUGGCAAAGGCCGGUUUCCUGCUGGCAUCGUUGGUCACUGCCCCCUCCUUCCAGCCCGCCCUGCUGUUGGAUGUGGCUCAGAUUCUUCUGGAUAACUACUGCUUCCCUGAAAACUUGGUUGGAAUGCAAGAAGCCAUAGAGCAGGCUAUCAGCAGCGGAGAAAUCCUCCACAUUUCCUACCGGAGGACUUUGGCAGCCGCCAUGAGGGCCGGCGAGCGGGGUGCGCUCAGUGACCCCCGGCUGCUCGUCUCCUACGAACCGGGUCACGUUCCCAUGACUCCUACCACCCUUCCCUAUCAUUCCCCGGAGCAGCUAAUGAGGGUGCUCCAGAGUCUGAUCAAGGCAGGAGUCAUAGGUCACAACGUGGGCUAUCUGAGGGUCGACUACAUCAUUGGGGAGGAAAUGGCGGAGGGAGUCAGCCAGUUUUUCUUAGACAGUGUCUGGAACAAGGUGGCACACACCUCCUGAUUCAUUUUUGAUCUCCGUUACUCGACCUCUCUGGACAUGUCUGGAAUUCCUUUCAUUAUGCCCUAUUCUUCUGACCCAGUUAUGCUAGUCAACUCUGUGUACAACAGACCCUCUAACACCACGAGCAAACUGUGGACUAAGCCCUGGCUUCCAGGACUAAGGUAUGGAUAAAGAAAGGACCUGGUAGUUUUAACAAGUGGAUGUAACAUAGGUGCCGCUGAGGGAGUAGCUUACGCCCUGAAGCACCUAAAGAGCCAUGUCAUUGUAGGGGAGCGAUCUGCUGGAGGGUCGCUGAAAAUCAAGAAGCUACAUCUGGGCAAGUCAGAUUUCUACAUCACAGUGCCUUUUGCCAGAGCUAUAAGCCCCAUUAUGGGGCAGAGCUGGGAAGUCAGUGGCGUGUCAGCCUGCCUAAGAGUCGAUGCCAAAGAUACUCCUGUGGAGGUCAGAAGUGCUAUUCCAAAAACAGUCCAGGGGGUCUCUGACAUUAUGAAGGACUUCUGUUCAUUCACAGAUAAAGUACCUGCUCUGAUCUACCACCUGUCAUCUAGGGAUUUCUUCGCCGUCUUUUCCGAGGAAGACCUCGCCGCUAAACUAAGCUAUGAGCUCCAGUCAGAGUCUCCGGUAAUAAUUGAAGCGACCCGAGAACUGGGCCAGGUGCCAGAAGACCCAUCUGCUCUGGAGGCUUUGGUGGAGACCGAUGUGAGCGUACUGCCAGGGAACACCGGGUACCUGCAGCUUGAUGAGUAUGGCGAAGGUGCCCUGCACAUGAAGGUAGGUGAGCAGAUUGCAAAGAAGGUGUGGGAACCUUUCAAAGACACAGAGAACCUCAUAGCCGACCUUCGUUUUAACACCGGAGGUUCAACAUCAGUUCUGCCUAUCCUGCUCUCGUACCUCCAUGACACAUCGCCGCUGGUGAACUUCUUCACCAUCUACAGUAGAAUUGGCAACACCAACACUGAGUUCCGCACUCUACCGGGCCUUCCAGGCACACCGUACGGAUAGAAACAAGGGGUGUAUCUGCUGACCAGCUACCACACUGUUGCAGCUGGUGAGGAGUUUGCCUACUUGUUGCAGUCCCUACACAGGGCCACCAUCAUUGGCGAGGUCACCUCUGGCACUCUGAUGGACUCCAAGUUUUUCCCAGUGGAGGACACUGACAUCGUCAUCACAGUACCAGUCAUAAACUUCAUAGACUGCAAUGGAGAAACUUGGCUCGGAGGUGGAGUUGUACCAGAUGCCAUUGUGCUGGCUGAGGAAGCGAUAGAGCAGGCUCACAAGAUCAUUGCAUUCCACCAGGAGGUCCAAGCUUUGAUAUUGGUGGCAGGGGGAUCUCCUGGAAGAUCACUACGCCAUUGGAAGGCAGAAAUGAUUCUCACCCUGGCCUUGGUGGUGAUCGCUGGCAAUGUCUGCCUCGUUCACUCCUCCUACCCUCCUACUCUGGUUAUGGAUAUGGCUAAAAUACUUGUACAGAAUUACUGUUACCCCGAGCAUUUGGAGGGCAUGAUGGAGGCCAUAGAGAAGGCCAGCAGCAACACAGACAUCCUCAAUAUCCCGGAUCCAAUCGCCGUGGCGAUGGCACUCAGUGCCGGCAUGGUGUCCACCACCGGGGAUUCCCGGCUGCUCAUCACCUACGAGCCCGACUACAUUCCCAAGCCACCUCCCGUGCUGUCACCUGUGCCCCCGGAAUAUCUGAUCAGCAUCAUCAAGAAAUCGAUCCAGGUUGAGGUCCUGGAGAACAACAUCGGCUACUUCAGGAUCGACCACAUAAUCGGGGAAGAUACAGCAGAGAAAAUCGGUCCCCUGCUCGUAGAGAACAUCUGGAACAAAGUGCUGCUCACGUCCGCGAUGAUUUUAGACCUCCGUCACACAGCUUCUGGGGAACUUUCAGGGGUCCCUUACAUCGUGUCCUACUUCUCAGACGCCGAGCCCCUGAUUUGCAUCAGCACCGCGUACGAUCGGCCCUCGAACACCACCACGGAGUUUUGGUCCUUGCCAGAGCUUCUGGGGAAGAGGUACGGAAUGAGCAAAGACUUGAUCAUCCUGACAAGCACGAACACCAGAGGUGUCGCUGAAGAUGUGGCCUAUGCAAUGAAGAACAUGAAAAGGGCCACCAUCGUUGGGGAAAGAACUGCAGGGGGAUCCUUAAAAAUCGAGAAGUUGAGGGUUGGGGAGACUGGCUUUUACUUCACUAUGCCUACUGCUAGUGUUAGAAGCCCUAUCACAGGAGAGAGCUGGGAAGUGAAGGGUGUGACGCCCUGCAUUGAGGUCGAUGCGGAAGACGCACUGGAAACUGCAGUGAAAAUCAUUAACCUGAGGUCUAAAAUUCCCAUCAUCAUCCAGGAGGCAAGUGUCCUUGUGGCUGAAAAGUACGCAUUCACUCAGAUCGCAGGGGAUGUGUCACAGAAACUUCUGGAUCUCCUGGAGAAUGGCACCUACAGCAUGAUCAAUUCUGAGACCGAGCUGAAGGCCCGGCUGUCUGCUGAUCUGAAGGAACUUUCCGGAGACAAAUGCCUGACGGCCACACACAUCACCACCCAGGACCCCGUGCCGGAACUUGCCCCGGAGGUGUUGGCUGAGAUGAUCAGGGCUUCCUUCCAAACAGACAUCCUGGAAAAUAACGUCGGGCUCCUUCGCUUCGACAUGUUCGGGGAUUUCGAGCAAGUGGCCCCCAUCGCCAAGAUCAUUGUGGAAAACGUCUGGAACAAAGUGCUGAACACCAAGGCACUGGUCAUUGACCUAAGGAAUAACAUGGGAGGAUAUACCAGCGCUAUACCGGGAUUCUGCUCCUAUUUCUUCGAUGGAAAUAAACGAAUUCUCCUGGACACCCUGUACAACCGGCCCAGUGAAACUUUGAAGGAAAUGUGGACCUUGUCCCAGCUGACUGGUGAACGGUACGGUGAGAAGAGAGGUCUGAUCAUCCUGACAAGCGCCAUGACGACGGGCGCGGCUGAGGAGUUUGUCUACAUUAUGAAGAAACUGGGCCGGGCCACCGUCAUCGGCGAGGUCACCCACGGUAGCUGCCAUCCACCCGAGACCUUCCGUGUGGCUGACAGCGACGUGUACCUGAGUGUUCCCGUUACCCGAUCGGACGCGCUGCAGGACCAUGGCUGGGAGGGGGUCGGCAUCAGCCCCCAUAUCGCUGUGUCUGCUGACGCUGCACUGGACACUGCUAAAGACCUCCUGAACAAGCACUUCGGCGGUCAAAAAUAA